CAUGUGUAGAAAUCGGCACGGCGGGUUCUAAUUCAUCUCGUUCUUCGAAGGCCACAGAGUUCCCAGAUUCUCUACAAAAUGGAAUUCUGCAAUUCACUCAUCUUCUUCACCCUGUUAAUCAUCCUCCCUCUCGCUAGGUGCGGGGAUACUGGCUCGGUGAUUUUCGUUGAUAGCUCGUCGCAUCAAUAUCUUCGAUCUCAUUCGACCGAUGAUGGCUCCGAGGUUAGUUCAAUGUCACUACCAGAAGUUGCUGCUACUGUGUCAGUCUUGCUUGGUUUUGCGCCGCCUUCAACGCUUUCAGCUUCUGGUUCAUCUAAGCUGAAUGGGAUUUUGAUGCCAAAUCCGCUUGAUAGGCCUCGUUCAGUUUUUAUGCUUGAGAUUAAAGGAACACAUGAUCCGGAAGUUGUAAGCCUUGUUAGUGGCAUGUCCAGCAAUGUUCUUACGAGUAAGGUUCACGUAAGUUCUGAGAGCGCUGACAUCCAACUUCCCGGUGAGGAUGAAGUGUCUGUUGUUCCUUUGAAUGAACCAUUGGCAGCUUAUACUGAUGAAGAUAUUAGUGAAUUUGCAUCUUUCAUUGGUGGAUCAUAUGUUGCUGAUGCAUCAAAAACUUUAAAUGGAGAGUUGACUGUGCCGUUGACUGAUGCUGUUAAAAUCUAUCUUCAUCUGUCUAAGACAGGGGACAGAGAAUUUAUAGGUAGACUUUUGUGUCUCAUUCACAAUAUUAAGAGGGCUAUACACAUUCAUGAGGAUUUGUCACAAAAUGUGCAAAGUCCAUCUGAGCUCAUCACUGGCUCUUUCGAUAGCAUCAAGGCAUUCCAAGAUCAAAGUGAUUCCGAAGUAGAUGCUGGUCAUAGAUCGAGACUAUUUAUUGUUGCUUUGUCCAAGAUAUUCCAAUUACUCCAAAAAGCAUAUGAUGGUCAAAUUGUUGGAGUUGUUUUGUUUUCUGGAUCAUCAUCACCAAAUGCAGAUAAAGGAUUAAAUGUGAUCUUUAACCCUCGAUCGACUCCACGUUGGUUGGUGGAAGAAGUCAAACUUAACACAACUAUUCAAGAAGUGAUACUGGUUAGGACAACCCUUGCCUGGAUCACUGGAAUCAUCCUUUUGAUUGCAACUCUUAUGGGGUCGUGCUGCCUUCUAAGGAUGCCUCUCACGAGGGACACCCUACUCUAUUCUAAUGUGAAAUUGGACUAAGAUCGGAUGAAUAGACGAUGCCCGAGAUGAUCGUCUACCAUUGAAGCAUUUAGGGCAUGAGAUUUGUGUAAGUGCCCUUUCAACAAUGUUCUUGUCUACAUUUUGGUGUAGAAAACUUUGGUAUUAUUAAUGGUAGCAAUGGUAUGGUAUGCUGCCUUCUUCAAGAUAAUGAUGGCUUUUGGCUAUACAGUGGAUGUGGAUGGAUAACCAGAUUUUUGUGUUGUAUAAUAAAGUUAUUUUUGUAUAUUAUUAUCCAGAAGUCACAGCUCACUGAGGUCUGGUGAUGCAAUUAUUCAACUUUGUUGUACUUUAUUUUUGGUGGACGAGUUUUUCCCAGCUCCAAAAUAAUUCCAUUAUUAUCAUCUUUAAUGUGCU